GGAGAGAGCGCACAGGGAGCCGCUGCUGCCACCUCAACAUGGAGUAGCGAUACCCAGCUUUUAGUGCUAAAAAGCGGAUCCCACAGAGAGGAAUACACCCCGGCUUCUGUCUAAUACAUCCUGCAGAAGUCCCCGCAAAUGAUACAGCGGCCAUUAUUUCUUUUAAACGCACAGGGAAGCUCGGCUUUUAUUUGAAAGAUGGCGAACGACUCUCCGGCUAAAAGUCUAGUAGACAUAGACUUGGCUUCAUUGCGGGAUCCAGCUGGGAUAUUUGAAUUGGUGGAGGUGGUUGGAAAUGGCACCUAUGGACAAGUAUACAAGGGACGACAUGUCAAGACUGGACAGCUGGCUGCCAUCAAAGUCAUGGACGUCACGGAGGAUGAAGAGGAGGAAAUUAAACUGGAGAUCAAUAUGCUGAAGAAGUAUUCCCACCACCGAAACAUAGCCACCUACUACGGUGCUUUCAUUAAGAAGAGCCCCCCGGGACACGAUGACCAGCUCUGGUUGGUGAUGGAGUUCUGUGGAGCUGGUUCCAUCACAGACCUGGUGAAGAACACGAAGGGGAACCAGCUGAAAGAAGACUGGAUCGCAUACAUCUCCAGAGAGAUCCUUAGGGGUCUGGCCCACCUUCACGCCCACCACGUCAUCCACCGUGACAUCAAGGGUCAAAACGUCCUGUUGACUGAGAAUGCAGAAGUGAAACUGGUGGACUUUGGUGUCAGUGCUCAGCUGGAUCGGACCGUGGGGAGGAGGAACACCUUCAUCGGGACGCCUUACUGGAUGGCCCCUGAGGUCAUCGCUUGUGACGAGAACCCAGACGCUACAUACGACUACAGAAGUGAUCUGUGGUCUACUGGUAUCACAGCUAUUGAAAUGGCUGAAGGAGCGCCACCACUUUGUGACAUGCACCCAAUGCGUGCGCUCUUCCUCAUUCCAAGAAACCCUCCUCCCAGACUCAAGUCUAAAAAAUGGUCCAAAAAGUUCAUCAGCUUCAUCGAGGGCUCUCUGGUGAAGAACUACACGCAGCGGCCCCCCACAGAGCAGCUUCUGAAGCACCCCUUCAUCCGAGACCAGCCCAACGAGAGGCAAGUCCGCAUCCAGCUCAAAGACCACAUUGACCGCACCAAGAAGAAGAGGGGGGAGAAAGAUGAGACAGAGUACGAGUACAGUGGCAGUGAGGAAGAGGAAGAGGAUCCCCCAGAGCAGGAGGGAGAGCCCAGCUCCAUUGUCAAUCAGCCAGGGGAAUCCACGCUGCGCCGCGACUUCAUCCGACUGCAGCAGGAGAACAAGGAGCGUUCAGAGGCGCUGCGCCGCCAGCAGCACCUCCAGGAGCAGCAGCUCAGAGAGCAGGAGGAGUACAAGCGCCAACUGCUGGCCGAGAGGCAGAAACGCAUCGAGCAGCAGAAGGAGCAGAGGAGGCGGCUGGAAGAGCAACAGCGCCGCGAGCGCGAGAUGAGGAGGCAGCAGGAGCGAGAGCAGCGCCGCCGCGAGCAGGAGGACAAGAGGCGUGUCGAGGAGAUGGAUCGUAGACGUAAAGAAGAGGAAGAGCGCCGGAGGGCUGACGACGAGAAGAGGAGGAAUGAUCGGGAACAGGAUUACAUCAGGCGUCAGCUGGAGGAGGAGCAGAGACACCUGGAGAUGCUGCAGGAGCAGCUGCUGCGGGAACAGGCCAUGCUGCUGUUGGCACAGGUUUGUCCGGCCGACCGCAGCUCUCUUCUCACCCCCUUGCAUCGACCCCACGCUCUGCAACAGGAGUUCAAGUGGCGGGAGCUGGAGGAGCAGCGCAAGGCCGAGCGUCUCCACCAGCGGCUGCAGCAGGAGCAGGCCUACCUGCUGUCGCUGCAGCACCAACCCAAACAGCCGCCCGGCGACAAGACCAAGCCUCCACAGACCUCCACCCUGCCCCCUGACAGAGCCCUCCCCUCACCCCCUCACGCUCAGGUCCUCGACGCUGCUGUUUCCGUAGCAAAAGGCUCCUAUGAGUCCUCCAGAGAACUUGACACAAUCCCCUCAGACAAAUCCCAGAGCACCGACUCAGAUGAGACUUGUCCAAACCAGCUCUCAAACCCCCCCACCCCCUAUCAGACUGAACUCCCUGACUCUGAACCUCCCCAGGCAGAAAGUCUGGAGCCCGAUAGGCCGGUCAGUCCUCCUCCUCAGCCAAUCAGAGAGGCAGACGAGAGGUACCGUAAGAACAUUCAGGGCUCCCCUCAGGUCGCCCCCCCUCCCAAGCAGCCCCCUCUGCCUCCCCGAUCCUCUGAACCUUUCUCCAACGGCGGCCCCUCCUCCUCCGAGGCCGUGGCCAUGCAACGACCCAUGGAGCCUCAGGUCCAGUGGUCCCACCUGGCUGCGUUAAAAAGCAGCGUCAGCGCCGCCCCCUCUCCUCCUCUACCUCCUCCUCCUCCGCCCGUGGUCUCUCGCUCGCAGUCCUUCAGCGAGCCCGCCGGCGUGAACUCUAGCUUUGCACAACUCCAGCUGCGCUCCCAGGACCCCCAGCAGCAACCAUCGCCCGCACGCACUGACCCCCAGCCCCAACCUCCCCUCCACCACCCUCAGGGUCUUAGUAAGGCCGAACCCCAGGUCAGCGGAGAGGAAGUUCCUCCCAAGGUACCAGUAAGGACCACCUCCAGGUCUCCAGUGUUGUCGCGCCGAGAGUCCCCUCUGCCCCUGCAGCCCGGGAACGCGGCCGGACCGAGGGUCGCUGCAGGCAGUGUGGAGCAGCGGCCUCUGUGGGACCGGGUGGAGAAGCUGCAGCCGCGACCCGGCAGCGGCAGCUCCUCCGGAUCCUCCAACUCCAGCUCUCAGGCCAGCCCUGGGGACCGCUUCAGGCCACGCUGUGAGUCCCCUGCUUCCUCCAAAUCUGAAGGAUCGCCUCUCCAGCGGCCUGAAAAUGUUCCAAAAAAACAAGAUGAAAAGAACCCGGCCAGGCCGACUCGACCAGCUGGUGAUGCGGAUCUGACAGCUCUUGCCAAGGAGCUUCGAGCAGUGGACGACCCGAGGCCUCCCCACAAGGUCACCGACUAUUCCUCCUCCAGCGAGGACUCGGGCACCACCGACGAAGAAGACGACGAGGAGGUGGACCAGGAGGCGGGAGAGGAGUCCACCUCAGGACCCGAGGACUCCAGGGCUGGAUUUUCCCAUGGCUUCCGCAGGAGGAUGAGCAACGGGGAGACGGAGUCGGCUAAGACGAUGCUGGUGGAGGACUCGGAGAACGAGAAAGGCUUGACGUCCUCCAAGGACGGCACGCUGGUCAUCAGACAGAGCACUGCUGACAUUAAGCGGUUGGUCAAUCUCUCCUCUUCCUCAUCUUCCUCACCCUCGGCUGGCCCCGGUCACGUCCACGGCCAGCCCCAGACCCCCGGCCUCGCAGAGAAAAACGGCUUUGCCGGCCGCAUUCACCACCUACCAGACCUUAUCCAGCAGAGCCAUCACUCCCCUUCCUCCACCACAACCAUCCCUUCCUCCCCCUCCUCCUCCUCCUCUCCCUCCUUCCCCUCAUCAUCGAGCUAUGCCAGUCCUGCCAUGUCCCCACAGACCCCCCUGGACACGCUCACUGCCACAGAGUCCCAGUCAGAAAGCAACUCCAUGUCCAAACACAAGUCUUCCUCUUCCUUCACUCCGUUCAUCGACCCUCGUCUUCUCCAGAUCUCUCCAUCCAGCGGCAGCUCCCUCAACAACAUUGCAGCAUUUGGGCCCGAUGGACGCCUGGCAGACCCGCUGAAGGCCGACCCGUCCCGUAAAGGCUCCGUUGUCAACGUCAACCCGGUCAACACGCGCCCGCCCAGCGACACGCCGGAGAUCCGCAAGUACAAGAAGAGGUUCAACUCUGAGAUCCUGUGUGCUGCUCUCUGGGGAGUGAACCUGCUGGUGGGGACAGAGAGCGGUUUGAUGCUGCUGGACCGGAGCGGACAGGGGAAGGUCUACCCUCUGAUCAACAGGAGACGCAUCCAGCAGAUGGACGUCCUGGAGGGACUCAAUGUCCUGGUCACUAUAUCAGGUAAAAAGAACAAGCUGAGAGUGUACUACCUGUCGUGGCUGAGGAACAAGAUUUUGCACAACGACCCCGAGGUGGAGAAGAAGCAGGGCUGGGUGAAUGUGGGCGAGCUGGAGGGCUGCGUCCACUACAAAGUCGUGAAGUAUGAGAGGAUUAAGUUCUUGGUGCUGGCUCUGAAGAACGCUGUGGAGGUGUACGCCUGGGCCCCCAAACCCUACCACAAGUUCAUGGCGUUUAAGUCUUUUGGUGAUCUGGUGCACAAGCCUCUGCUGGUGGACCUGACUGUGGAGGAAGGUCAGAGGUUAAAGGUCAUCUACGGCUCCUGUUCAGGCUUCCAUGCUGUGGAUGUGGACUCUGGUGCCGUCUACGACAUCUACCUGCCCACACACAUCCAGACCAGCAUUCAGUGCCAUGCCAUCAUCAUCCUGCCCAACACGGACGGCAUCGAGCUGCUGGUGUGCUACGAGGACGAGGGCGUCUACGUCAACACCUACGGCCGCAUCACCAAGGACGUGGUGCUGCAGUGGGGAGAAAUGCCAACUUCAGUGGCCUACAUUAGGUCAAACCAGAUCAUGGGCUGGGGUGAGAAGGCCAUAGAGAUCCGCUCCGUGGAGACGGGUCACCUGGACGGCGUCUUCAUGCACAAGAGAGCCCAGAGACUCAAGUUCCUGUGUGAGAGGAACGACAAGGUCUUCUUUGCCUCCGUGCGCACUGGAGGUGCCAGCCAGGUGUAUUUCAUGACCCUGGGUCGCUCCUCCCUCAUGAGCUGGUAGUCGAUAUUUCCAGCAUGACGACCACAGCUAGGCAGUGACAAACAGAUGACGAUUGUGACCAUGACCAACGACGACGAAGAAGAAGAGAACCGCCUCGACGGAGGGAACAGCUUCCUCUCGCUCGCUCGGGCAAACAAACCAACGGAUUGGACUGUAAUCAUGACAAGACGCUAGGGACGGGUGUGUGUGUUUUGAGGGCGUUUUCUGUUAGUUUAACUAUAUGACACCUACAGAAACCCCCACGAGCCACCAGGUUACCCCUCGCCCUCCCUUUGAGCCGAUCCCCUCCCCCUCGUCCCCCUGCAGGGCGUGGGAUCUGUUGCCUGUUGAUGGUAAAUCUUUAUGUGUCAUAGUAAAACUUUGCAUCGUGUACGUGUGUGAAUGGAGGAAACACUGAGCAUGAGAAUGACUGAAGGGACGAUGAGCGCGGCCGUUACUGUAUCGAAGAUUCUUUCUGCGCCGUUAGUAGCUGUGUUUAGUCCUGGUUCUGUUCAGGUGAAACUACUCCCACCACCACGGUAGAUUUCCACGUCAAGCAUGUCAUUUCACUUCACAGCCACAUUAAUAACGCUUGACCUGUAAAUCUGCCUCUGGAUCUUCACUUUUUUUGCCUUCUCUUCCUUAAAGUGAAGAUUUUUUUAAGGGACCUUCUUGAUAUAUCCAUUAAAUACAGGGUACUGGAUAUCAGCGUGUACAUACUAACUACAUCCACCUUGUAGUCUUCAGACUCUCCCAGGUUUUACAGACACUAUCUCGACUUUUACCACAUUGCCUCAGUAGGUUAUGUUGGACAGAAAAACAGAAGUAGCCCUGUUUAUGACGGCAUGUUGCGUUGGUGUUAAAUUAGCUCCAGUUUUUCAUACACUGUAUAUUUUGUAUGUGGCUCGCUGCACAUAAAUAAAGCGUGAGAAUCAAGACACACCCAUAGGUGAGUUUUAAAGGAGAAACCCACCAGCUCAACUGGAAGAAAACGCAACCAAAAACCACAAAUGGACCCAGAAAUAUGAGGUGGAUUUUCCCUUUAACAUCAGUCAUAAGUAGGGCUAGGAUAAACUGUGAAUUAGACAUGCAGAUUAAGCAAGUGGCCAUUAAGGUAGCAUGGAGGCCAGUGGGCGGCCAGUGGGCAGAAGUGACGCUAAGGGAAUGAAGGCAUUCGACCUCGAGGGCUGAGAAGAAGAUUUUGAAUAUCACACUCUACAAAAAAUAGAGGGAGGAAAUCAGGAUCAGCUGAUUGUCCUCCAUCUGCACGACGUUUGAAUUUCACAAAACUGUAUUUUAAAGGAGACUUUGGCUUAAUGUUCAGGAUCUCCAGCUGAGUAAAACUCCUCCGCCGCUUUUGACAAGUUAAAUAAAGAGGUUUGGAUUUUAUGUACUGUAGAAACACUUUCAUGUGAUUAAAUAUUGGACCUCUUUUUGCCAUUUUAGGCUUCAGACAGGAGAGUCCAACACUUUAACUGGAUCAUUACUGUUUCCCAGAAUUGAAUAACCUUCAUUUGACCUUCUCAUCCUCUUAAAAACAAGGAACGACUUGUGUGUCACUUCCUGUUCAAAUAUAGAAUCCAUCCUGCAAGCUGUGUGUAUGUAUGAAUGAGAAAACUAUAUAACGAGACUCAUGGACCCCCUUUCUUCACCCACUUUUUGACCCCGCUCUCAGUAAAGGUGGUGCCUUCACUGUCCAAGGUGGGACGUGCUGAGAGCUGCAGAACAUGAGAUGCUUUCACUGUCCCCAUCCUCUUGUGAAAAAGCAAACGAAAGUCACGUUCUAAUAGCAGUGUUACAAAACCACUUCAGGCGGCGUGAACUAAGCGGCAUAUUUUUAACUCUGACUUAGUUUUUAGUCUUGUUUCUGCAAUUUUUAUUAUGUAACCCUUCAGAUAAGUAUGCGACUGCAGUGGUUUUUAAAUUGUAAUGCACACCUUAUGUUGAAAAUGUUUACAGAAGCAAUUGUUUUGUUAAACCAAUGUGCAUCGAUAUGAAUAUUUAUGGUUUAUUUUGAGGGCCGUUUCUCCCUGUUUUGUAUUUUGUAUUAUUCCCUUUUUGUACUAUCAUUUAGACGUUUGUGUACAGGAAUGAUCAACUACUCGCUCACCUUCUGGAUUACACAAAUCUGAAGUGGGAUUUCACUGAUUAUUUUACACCGUGCACAGUGGGCCCCUGGCUGUGUGGCAGCGUGGAUCAAAUGUUUUCUACCACCCAGGUGCCAGGUGACAUGUGUGUGUCCCCCCCUUCAAACGUCUCUGCCAUGCCUCUCUAAUUUAUGUCCUCUCUGUGUGUACUAUGGGAAUUACUGUAUUUUCCUGAAGGUCUUUUUUUUCCAUUGAAUAAAAUCAGAAGUAAUUUACA